AUGAAUGAUAAUGGCGCUUUUGGUUACUACUCACAACAACCAACGUCUGGAGUUGGCUCGUCGGUUUAUGGUGAGCAGAGGCCCACGUUUUCGGAAGAUGGCAAAGGAACACCGUAUACGUCAUUGUUGAAUAUAGUUGGGUCAUCCGUUUUGAAUCAUGACAUCAGCUACGAUACAUCGUCCAAAGACCCGCAUAUGAUUCGGGCUCGCGUAUUUGUGGGAAACUUGGCGCGAGCCAUCGUCACUCGUGAUGAAAUUAUCGAGUUGUUUCGUCCGUUUGGAAAAUUGCUCGCCGUCAAUUAUUUUACGGCUCAAGGAUUCGGAUUCGUACAAUUUGCUGAGGCUGCAGCCGCGGACAAAUCGUGUUUGUCGUUGAACGGAAAUUCAUGGAAAUCUUGUAUUUUGGAUGUUCACCUCGCGAUGUUGGGCGCUGUGAAAAAAGUGGAGAAGCCGCAACAGCAGGCACCAGUGGCGGCCAAUGUUGUCGCCGCCGCCACCACUGCCGUGUCGAACGUUGAUCCAACGGCGCCAAGCUCGAAAAAACGAACGUAUGAUGAUGACGAUUAUGAUGUUUCGAAGCAGAACAAACGGAAUAAGACAUUUGCGAUGAGCGAUAAGACGGGAAACGAGGAUCUGAACACUAAUGAAAUGUGCGACACAAUGAUUUGCGGCAAUUGUCGGUUUGUGACGAGCGAUUUCGAGGAGUUCAAGGACCACCGAAUUGCGGGAUGCGUAAAAUACAAAGAUCCUGAAGAGCCGAAACAUCGUCUAAAAUGCGCGACGUGCAGCCAACGAUUCAUGGGCGCGUGGGCGCUAUUGGAGCAUCUCACCGAAUUCCAUCGAAUGCUUCUUUUCAAUGAGGAGCCGCUGCAGAAGGAGCCGAACGGACAGCCAAUGAGCAAACACUCGACGCCGGUUCAUUCGGAGCCGGUGACAUUGGAAGGCGCUCCAGUUGCGUAUUCGUCGACGCCGCAAUAA